CGUAAGUGUUGAAAUUAUUAACACAAAAUAACAGUAACGCUUAGGAAAAUCGGUUACUUCUUGUAGGCUAUAAGGCGCGAACAACUUGCCUUUUACAAAUCAAAGAAUUUGGAUUUAUUUUGUCCUUUCAACGUGCUUUAUGAGUUGUAUCGAAAAAACAUCUUUUAAAAACAAUUCGCGGUACCCCAAGGAUAUAUCAAAUAAGAAUAAAAAAGAGGCUAAGAUAAUCUGAAAAAAAAAAAUUAGAAUAAAAUUAGUUUUCUAUACUGUCAGCCAGCUAUCGAAAUGAGCAGUGUGACGUCACAACCAACCUGUUACACAACUACCUGCAAAUGCGCCCAUCUGAUUGGCUAGCGGGUUUCAACAAAUAGGUGAUUUGCGUCCAGCUAAGGCGUCCGUAUAUGUCUGUUUAACUUCAACAUGUAGCUCUUCUAAUUUUUCCACUUUUUCUCAUCUACGCUCUCUGAAUAGUGAGAUGAGGGGCGCCGUUGCUAUCGGAGCCCAAGAAAUGUGCAAAGAAUUUCUGUCAAAAGCUGUCACAGUAACACCAGAGUCACAUUUGCAAGUCAAAUGGUUGAAUACUAAUGCUAAUUUCACUGAAAAUCUUUAAACAAUGCGCCUUUGCACUGCUUGUUAUUGCUUCAAACGACGUAAAGGAAGUUAUUAUCCCGAUGAUGAAUACGCCAAAUCUAGCAUCACCCCUGAUUGGCCUGUAGAUUUGCAGGAUGCACGACUUCCAGUUGCUCUACCUAACGUUGAGCGACAGAACGGAAAACUCGCUCUGGAUCUCCAUGGCAUGAAACUACAAUACUUCCCUGAACAAAUCUUGGAGUUGACGCAAUUACAAGUGUUGAAUCUAUCGGGAAAUCACAUCACAAACUUUCCUUACAGAUUUUUCAUGUUGCGUUUCUUGACAGAGCUUUAUUUACGGAAUGAUUUCCUCGAGUUUCUUCCAGCGCAAGUUUGCACACUUGUCCAAUUGGAAGUUUUGGAUCUUGCAAAUAACUUCAUUCGUACGCUACCGUAUAGCUCGGGCCAUCUUACUAGGCUACGAUGGCUAAACUUGCAAAAUAACCAGAUAACGAAUCUUCCCUCUAGCCUGGCUGAUAUGAAUGGACUUUGCUAUCUAAAUCUUGAAGCAAAUGAGCUGAAAAUCGUACCAGAAGUUGUCACGAAGCUAGAAAAACUUCAAGUGCUUAUAUUGAGUGAUAACGAAAUCGGUGCUUUGCCGGCAGAUCUUAAUGCGCUAGAAAAUCUGAGAGAACUUUAUUUAGACGAUAAUCGAUUAAUGAGCCUUCCAAAAAAACUUCACGAGUUUUUAACGGGACUUUACAUCCUGGAUAUAAAUAACAACGCGGGUAAUUUACUUCUUGGUCUGGAGAAUGAGAAUGUUCAAGAUCACAAAAAGAGUACCUCGAAGCGUGCCACACACCCCAAAGACAAGAACGUCAACGCAGUUUUCUCAGAAAUAAAUCUUGAUGAGCCUCGGCAUGGUGAAGAGGCAUUGCAUGAGCACGAUGACGAGGUUUUUCGUGCUAAUGGUAAUAUCGAGUAUAUCGGGUCGGUGGAUGUAAGCCCGGGCGCCUCUCGACGCAUGCACAGAACGGUUUCAAAACUCAGGCUCAAAGGUACAGAGGCUGCAAAACCUUCAACGAAAUGGCGUGCUUUAGUAGGCGAGCACCGGAAAGCAGGUCUUUUAUCGAGCCAAAAGCCUAAUGCUAGCAUGACAAUAACAAAAUCUAAGAACAAGAGAUAUACAUGGCGGGGCUGGCAAGUCUCAUUGACUGAGGGUCAGGAACCAAACAAUAAAAAGAAGUCUUCCAAUGGUAGUUCGCGUGAAAGAAGAGAGUCAGUCAAGUUAAACGAGCACGGUCACCCUGCGACAAUUGCUGCUCUUUUGCCGCCAGUAGAGAAUAUCGCCGGAUUGCUUGCCAUGAACUUGAGCCUGCAGAACCUAAAGUGUUUUCCACUAGAGCUCUGCGAACUCGAUAAUCUGAAUAUUUUAAUCAUGGACUACAACGAGAUCAGGCAGUUUCCAGAAGAGGUGUCACAACUAAGUAGGCUUCGUGUAUUGCACCUUAACUCCAACAACUUACGAGCUUUACCUGAAAGCUUCAAGCUCCUGAAUCACCUACGGAUUCUGUACCUUAAGGAUAAUAAGCUAAGAGUACUUCCUGACUGGUUCGCUAGCUUUCACUGCCUCGCGUACCUCUCUAUGGAAAACAACGACCUUGUUUGUUUCCCUGGUGAAAUAAGUAAACUGACGUCUUUGGAAGUUUUAAUUCUCAGUGGAAACAGCAUUCGUGAGCUUCCUGAUAGUAUAAAAGAACUUGUAAACCUUAAGGAAUUAUUUCUGGGGCGUAAUAAGAUACGAAAGCUGCCUCCAUCAAUCACCAAACUGGAAAAACUCCAGGUUCUUUAUCUUCAAGAGAAUGCUUUGGAUUCGGUUCCUGCGCAAGUAUAUGGUAUCCAGAGCCUGGAAAUACUUAAUAUUUCUUCUAACAAUAUAACGUCUCUCUCUGACGAGAUAAGGCUUCUUCGCAAUCUUGUGGAACUAAACUUGAAUAAAAACAACAUCCAGGAAUUACCUUAUGAUUUCCACCUUUUGAAAAAUCUUAAAACUUUGUUCUUCAGUGCGAAUAAUCUUGAGAUUGUUCCCGAGUCAAUCUGCAAACUUCCUCUCCGGGAGCUGGAUUUGAGUAUAAAUAAGAUUUCGUCUCUUCCUGAUUUUGUACGUGCCAGUAUUGGAGACAUGUCGACGUUAGUAGAGCUGGAUAUUUCAUCCAAUAAAAUCACUGCUUUACCAAAAAGUAUCGGCAAAAUGGAGCGUUUGGAAAUACUGCGCGCGGAAAGCAACCCGCUUGAUGAAGUGCCAGUAUCACUGGCAGACCUUCGAGAACUCAGAAAGCUGUGUGUUGACCGAGCAGUGAAGAUUCCUAGAGACGUUUGCAGGAUUUCAAACCUUCAAAUCUUAUGAGGCAAAAGCUAAGGGAUGGACAGAUCUUACCAGUAAUGAUAUUACCUGCGAAUUUUUAAAAAGGAAAUUGUUAUCACUUUUUUCAAAAGAUAGUUGAUCGUUGACCGAGGUUGGGAAAUUUGACCGAGGCUGCACACAGGCUUCCCACCCGCGUCAGUGAAGGAUUUCUAAGGACAUACAAAUUCACGCAAAUAAACAUCUAUGAGUCAUA